AAUUACGGAAUAGGGUGAAUUACGUAGCUGCAGGACACGCAAGUCCCUACAUAAGCCUUUCUUGUCUGCGUACCACUACGACACCGCUGAACAGAAGCUAUGAAUUUUAACCCACUAGCAGCAGGGCCCGGCGGGCUUUUCGCCCAAUUAGCACAAGGUUUCGCGGGAGGUCAAAUGCCUAGACCUGCCAGAAUGUAUGAUGAGUACUUCAGAGCGUACAGUGUUGCGAUGCUACCGGGCAAGGAACGAGAGAACCUGAGUUACGGUGGCAAAAUUAUCAUGCCACCUUCUGCGUUGGCCAAUUUGACUGCUAUGGACCUCGAAUCCCCAUGGAUGUUUAAGCUACGAAAUCCGAGCAACUCGGCUGCUUCGACACACGCCGGUGUCUUGGAAUUUAUUGCUGAGGAGGGGUGCGUGCACCUCCCACAUUGGAUGAUGAAGACGUUACGGCUGGAGGAGGGUGACCCCAUCCGUGUCACUGGUGCCUCGCUGCCCAAGGGGAAAUUUGUGAAAUUGCAACCUCAGCAAGUACAUUUUCUCGAAGUAUCAGAUCCCAAAGCCGUUCUUGAACAGGCGCUUCGCCACUUUUCAGUACUUACGCAAGGGGAUGUUAUCGAGAUCAUCUAUAACUCGAUAGUGUUCGGGUUCUUAAUUAUGGAAACACAACCUGGUGGAGAAGGUAUCAGUGUUUUAGACACCGAUCUUGAAGUCGAUUUCGCUCCUCCGGUUGGUUAUGUUGAGCCAGAAAGACCAAAGGCUCUUCCCCCUUCUACCAUGGCAUCCAAGCUCAACAUUGAUGUCAAUUCAUCAACACCAGGAUCUUCGCGACCGUCAUCAGCUCUUGCAGGGACAUUUGCUAGCACUGCCAGAGUGGGUCAGGUCAGUAAAGGAGGUGAUCAAUGGGAGAGUUUCAAAGGCAAGGGAGAGACCUUAGGCGGAAGGAAAACGAAGGGUAAGGGUAUUACUCAUAGGAAGAUUGAGGAAGUGGAGAAGGACUCGAAGAUUAUCCGAACAGAUAAACAUCGGGUUGUCACCAGUAGCAGCCUCGAGGGAGAGGUCACCGCACCUGCUCCACUAAAUCUUCCGUUUGGCAAGUUGUUCUUCGGCUUCAAUGUUGCAGCGUACACGCCUCCUCCUAAGUCAGAACCUCAGCCAUCAAAUUCCCAAGUGAGUCAUUUUCUCUGCUGUGAACUCCGGAAUAAAUCAACUGAUCUUGUCUUGGAGUCGGCGGCAUUUUCUGGGUCAGGAAGCACGUUGACUGGUUCUAGCAAAGGUAAACAGAGGGAAGUGCAGCAGUCACCUUCUCCGCCUCCAGAGGAGAAGAAAUGGGGUUCUGGAGGCCAAACUCUUGGAUCACGAUCUCAACCACCUCAGAAUAGGCCCAGAGGAGCUGGCGGCGCCGCUGUCCCCGUCAUUCCUCAACGCCGUCCCCAGAAGAAAAACAGGAGUCCAUCACCCGAGGUCGACUUUGGUGUGGACAGUGACGAUGAUGUGAUUAUUAUAGACAGCGACUAGUGCCAUUAGCCUUCGAAGCUUUGCAUAGCUUACGACCCAGUGUACGAUUGGACGAGCGAUAUCUAGCAUUCGAGAUGACGAUUGAUAGGCAUUGAUGUACAACAUAACAACCUCUGUUCAUAUCACAUGUAACACCAUAGAUUCCAGGAGUGUAUUAUGAAUACGUGCAUCAGAGCAUUACAACACCUAUCCCUCUACCUGCAGGAACGUCU